AUGAAAGCGAUCCAAGUCUCAAAAUACGUCUCGGAACCGCGAGAGCUUACCGUGACGACGCUCCCAACGCCCUCCCCGCACCCGACGAAAUACCUGAUCAAGAUCCGCGCCUGCGGCACAAAUUUCUUCGACAUCCUCCAGGUCCAGGGGAAAUACCAGCACCAGCCACCCCUGCCAUGGAUCGGCGGCCAGGAGUUCGCGGGCGUCGUAAUCGCGACGCCCACGACCCGUGAGGGUUCCAAGAGCACGGUCGCGAGCAGCCUCGACGGUACGGUCAGCACACAGACGAACCACAAGUUCAAGGUCGGGGACAGGGUGUUUGGGGCCACGCACGGCGCGUACUCAAGCCACCUUUUGGUGUCUGAGGACGCCAUGUUCCCGAUCCCUCCGGGCUGGAGCUUUGUCGAUGCCGCAGGCGUGUAUGUCACGGCCCCGACGUCUUACGGUGGCCUCGUUGUCCGCGCCGGCGUCAAGGCGGGUGACUGGGUUCUCGUGCAUGCCGGCGCUGGAGGUGUCGGGCUGGCGGCAGUACAGAUUGCGAAGGCGUACGGUGCCACCGUUAUUGCCACAGCUGGGUCGGAGCGCAAGAGGCAGGUCUGCUUGGACUAUGGAGCUGACUACGUGGUCGACUAUCGAGACGGGACUUGGCCUCAGAAAGUGGUUGCGCUGUGCGAGCAGCACCGAACAGGCAACGGGAAGAAAGGGGUGGACAUCGUAUACGAUCCCGUCGGCAUGAUCGACCCCUCUAUCAAAUGCAUAGCGUGGAACGGCCGACUCCUCGUCAUCGGAUUCGCCGGAGGCACCAUCGAGAAGGUGGCCAUGAACCGGGUCCUGCUCAAGAACAUCAGCAUUGUCGGACUGCACUGGGGGGAAUACAGAAACAAAGAGCCGGAAGCAAUACAAGAAGCCUGGAAGGGCAUUUUCCAACUGAUCAACACAGGCAAAUUGAGGGGCAUGACCUUCACCGACAAGCGGUACAACGGUCUAGAAGAGGUUCCCAAGGCCCUGACGGACUUGGGUGCGCGCGAUACAUGGGGCAAGGUGGUUGUCGAGCUGGACGAACACUACGGAGAGGACAGCAGGAGCAAGCUAUGA